AUGGCUGAUCUGCCAACAGAUCGUUUGAGGCCAGGUCCUCCUUUCACGUCAGUUGGGCUUGACUGUUUCGGUCCAUGGCAUGUCGUGAGCAGACGUACGAGGGGCGGUCAAGCUGCAAACAAACGUUGGGCUGUUCUGUUUACCUGCCUUACAUCAAGAGCAGUCCAUAUCGAGGUAAUUGAGGAAUUGAGCAGUUCUUCUUUCAUCAAUGCUUUACGUAGAUUCACCAGUAUCCGUGGCAAGGUCAAGGUAUAUCGUUCAGACAACGGGACCAACUUCAUGGGAGCGUUAGACGUUUUAGGCGUCAACGUCAAUGACAGUGUUAGAAGAUAUAUGGACCAGGAAGGUGCAGUGUGGAUUUUGAAUCCUCCUCAUUCAUCACACCGUGGAGGCGUAUGGGAACGAAUAAUCGGCGUCACGCGAAGAAUUCUUGAUUCGAUGUUGUUGGAUCUACCUGGAAACAGCCUUACACAUGAGGUUUUAACUACGUUCUUGGCGGAAGUGAGUGCCAUUAUUAAUUCAAGACCAUUAGUGCCAGUGUGUGCAGAUUCUUCUUGCCCUACUCCAUUAAAUCCAGCACUGAUCCUUACACAAAAAAGUGAGUGUAUUGUGGACGUAGUUAUAACAACUGAUAUUAAAGACAUGUAUCGGGCACAGUGGAAGCGGGUUCAAAUCCUGGCAGAACAGUUCUGGAAGCGGUGGAGGUCUGAGUUCCUUCAAACAUUGCAAGUGCGCAGAAAAUGGACAGCAGAGCAGAGAGAUCUUCAGUGUGGUGAUGUAGUGUUGUUGAGAGACAAGCAAGAACACAGAAAUUAUUGGCCUAUGGGUCUAGUGGUGCGGGCAGAACCCAGUAACGAUGGACUUGUCAGGACUGCGGAAGUGCGGACUGUUGGCAAAAAUGGGAAACCGACUACAUAUGUACGCCCAGUUAAUGAGAUGGUGCUGCUUGUUCCAUCUUAG